AUGUCCCUCGCGACGCUCAGAAGUGAAGGUGAAGGUGUCAUUGAAAGGUAUCGAUCUCGCUAUCGUCACUCCCAGCCUUUCUUGCAGAGGAAUGUUCGAAAGGCUCUACAAUAUCUCACGAUGGGGUCUACACUAUCAUCUCUGACUACGUCGACUGGGCUGAAGGCGCGAGCAGAGGCGCUGACUCCUCCUGACGACGAAGAUGAGGAGGAUAUCAGACCAGCGAAACGACGCAAGACUAGCGACUUCAACAGUACCAGCAAUGCCUCCCCGUUCGAUGAUGUAUCUCCCCGGCGCAAACCAUUUGGUCAUGUGACAAAUGAGAGUAGAGGAGCGGCAUCUCGAUUAUCAGAAAAGCUCCGAGCUGUUCGACCAUCUGACUUCUAUGGGAGAUCUCGCUCUGUUACUUCAAGCCGCCAAUCAAAUUCGACUCCAAAGCAAGAAGAAGUAGCAUCGAGAGGCAGCAAGACAUCCAUCAAAGGCAUCUUACCCGAAACGCCUGUAGAUUUCAAGAGGGCAUUGAAGGUUGAGGUUAUCAGCAUUGUACCAAAACCCCCAACUGGAGAUGAGCCAUUGGAGUUCACCAGAGGUCGUAAGAGUCCUAUCGACACCAAAUGUCGCUGUUCGGUGGCACUCUUCUGCGCAAAGAAUGAUGAGGAUCCUCCAGGGCCUAUUCGGCAACAGGACUACCUUGAGGUCUAUCGAAAAUAUAAGAGCUGUACUUUACGGACCACUUUUAACGACGAUGGAGAAAUUUCUAGAAAACUUAUUCUUCUCGAGCCCUUUAUUCUAUCUUCCGAAGAAUUCUACGUCAACCGGAGGAAGACCAACCAUUUUGGGGAGUACGAGUACGAGUUCGAUUUCGGGGAUAAGUACUACGUCCAAGUCACUUUGGAGCCUGUAGGCUCCCAAAAACAGUGGCCACCUUUUGAAAUUACAGCCUCCACGGAUCUAAAUGCAAUUGAUGAUAGCUCAUCUGAUUCCAGUCCCGUAACGGAGCUUCUUCUUUCGGGCAAAGUGACGCAAAAUGAUCUUUGUCUGGUUUGUAGUAUGCCUGGGUUACUAGAUCCAGAUCGUCAAAUCAGAUCUGUUGAUCUCAAGGUCUCUUAUGGCUCAAUCAAACAGAAGGUACCAUACGGCCUGCAGAUCAAAAUGCAAUGGUCUUUGCCAAACAAAUUCUGCGAUUUGCCAACGAGGAUUCCAAAGAUUGAGUCUCCCCGAGGCGUCACAUCAACAGCUGCUAUUGCUGAGACUAUUCCAGCAUCUCCAUUAACACGGAAAGUCAAGGGGGAGCUACUGUCUGCCCCCAAUAGCCCAGUAGAUCGUGCUUCGAGGCGCCGAUCAAAUGUUCCAACCUAUAAUCUGAAAACCUUAAGCGCUCAAGCACAAGGCAAAUCCCCGAGGGCCCGCAGAAAUCUCAGAUCCAAAUCCGUCCAGGCUUCCACAGAAGAUUCAGAAGGUAUGACUGUAACGUACGGUUUCGGCAAAGCAGAUGCUGCAGAGCUGGGCAUAAAGCAACAAACCUCUGUCGUUGGCUUGAUGUGUCCUUUCUGCAAUCGUCGUCUAAGACGUCUCGAGGACUUGAGGUUGCAUCUACAUACAAACCAUACCAACUUCAAGUUUGCAUUGCGUAGGUCCAACACAUCCAGAGCUGGAUUCUUCGUUGAGGCGGCAAAGCAAGGCCCUCGAUCGAGUUCAGCGGAGCGCGUAAAAACAUUCCAGCUUGGCAGGCCUAUGACUCUAUUCGACCUGGAGAAGUAUUUGAAUGGAGAUGAAAGCUGGGUGAAGGCACGGGAGGGGCCACAACACAAUCAGUGGCCUGAGCACCUCAUCGAUCGAUACCACGAGUCCUCCCUAUCUUCAUCCCCACACGAUUCACGGCAUAGCUCUCCAAACACAUCGAACGAUACAGAUGGAGUCAUGGAUCUUGACAAUGAGCAACCCAAAGUACCUAUUCGACCAAGGAAGAUCUUUUACGUCCCGAAGACACGUAAGCCGCUAUAUGAUACCGUCACAAAGCGAAUUCUGCAGCCAGGGGAAGAGAUCCCGGAUAGUGAUGAUGAGAAAGAUGAAGGCUGGCUUCACCAGAAACAUCGUGAUAUUAUCCUGGACUUCACUGAUGUUACUGAUGAUGAGAAAGAUUACAUUACCAGAUGGAACCCAUUUAUCAUGGAGAUGCAUCUCACGUGCGAGAAGUAUCUACCAGAAGCUUGUCUACGGUUCGUGGAGGCCAACGUGGAUUGGUUUGCCGAGAGGAAAAGCCGCAAAGCCGAAUUCUGCAAGCUGAUGGAGACGUUCAUUAUGCGAGGCGUUGUUGAGCAACAGUGUCUUGAUAAGUGCGCUGACAUCUUGAGGACAGCAGAGAAGACGAAAGGGAAAAGGGCAGAGAGAGGAGAAGAUACUGAGAUGCAUAAUACAGAGACGUCGGGGUCAUCUACAAAGCUUAGAGGCAUACUGGAUUGCAUUUGCGGGGAACAUACACAACCACUAGAUCGUGUUAUUUGUCGCGGCCCGGAAUGCAAAGGUCGAUUCUAUCAUCGCAAGUGUGCUGGGGAGUCGGGGAGACCUAUAAAUGGACCCUGGCUCUGCGACGACUGCUUUUCUCCUUGA